AUGUCUUCAACGUAUACCAGACAGAGGUCUUCAUCGAUGAACUCACUUAAUUCCAACCAUUCUUCCUACUCAACUCCACAACCGCCACCAAUCAACGUACUACUGCCCCAUGCGACACAAGCACCCACUGUAUUACAACAUAAUAUACUUCCACCUUUCAACACUCAUCAACAGCCACAGCCACCAUUGAUGACAAGACAUAGCGCAUCUCCUGGUUUAGUGUCAUCAUCAUCCACAACUACAAACAAUAACGCGUUUGAAUUUUCACCACCACCACCUCCACCCCCACCACAUUCAUUGCCAAUCAAUCCACAUGCAAACUCGAUAUCACCUACUUCUACAGCGGCUACUACGACUACUACGACUACUUCAGCAAAUAACAACAAUAAAAACGACAUCAUAUCAACACCAACCCUAUCUUCAGCCAAUAUAAAUACCGUGCAAAACGUAGCACCAACACCCAGCUCAACGAGAAGUAUGUCGAUAGUGAGUCUCGAACGAAGUGCCCGAAAUUCAAUUGUAUCAGUUGAUGAGAAUCUUCGAUAUCAUGCCAGAAAUGAUAGCUCGGCAAGUUUGGCAUCACUAGGACAUGUCAACCACAACACAUUUACUAUGACACCAGCAGGAAAUUCUUAUCCAAACAGGCAUGACUAUGGAUUUGACCAAAGUGUUGGUGACCCUAAAAUGAAGACGAUACAUGUCGGUUCUGAUGUUAAUAAUCAAGGAUCGGCCAUCCUUACUGAUGACGAGUCGGAGUACGACACAAAUAUGAACAUUAGUGGUGCAACACAAUCAAGUGACACUUUGAGAACCGUGCCGACAACUCCUACACUUGGAGCUACGACCAGCUCUACGACCAGCUCUACGACUUCGGGAUCAACAGCAAAGAAUAUAGCCAAACCAACCCAUCGACCAAAGAGGCGCAGUUUUAAAGAUGAAAUUUCACUCCAACAUUUGAAAAAUGAUUUUAAAUUUAAAUUUCAUGACAUGUACACCACACCAAGCACAAUACCAACAUCUCCUGUGUCGUACCAUCAUACCAACUCGCAUAUUUACAGCCUAAAUGCCAGCCCCAAUUCAGAAACUUUGAUUCACGGUGGCAGGCAACUCCAAAAUGACUCGCCGUUGGAGGACAAUAAUCAUGUGUUUACCAGCCCUGGAUUGUCACAUGAAGCAAUUGGAAAGACAUUGGAUAGCCCGGAGAUGAGACCCACUGUAUCGUUGUCAUCCUUUAGUCAAUCGCUGGGUCCUACUAAGAAAUCGAAAUCGACGAGCUUAAUCCAACAGUCUCUUUACUUGAAGAGAAAGCUAGCAUUUUCAAAAGAUUUGCAAAUUGAAUUUAAUAAUGCAUCUGAUUUGACUGGAAGUAGCAGUAACAGUAGCAGUAACAGUAGCAGUGGUGGCACUAGCGCCACCACAACAGACGCAGGCUCACCUAAAGGACUAAAUACCCAUUUGAUAACCAUGUCUCCGCCACUAAGCACAGCUUUAUCUGAAGCAAAGUUUUUUGCCCAUUUGCCAGCGACGAUGGUGCUGAGGAGAAGAGUAUCAUCAUCCCUUAAUGAUGCGGAAAAAUCAGCAAAGGGUACAAGUGAGAGUGCAAAGACAAGCUUAACUACCAGUUCGAAUGUAGGUAUCCUGUCAAAGGAGGAGACUAAGAUGUCAAUAAAUGACUUGGAAUCAUCAACUACUGGCACGACACCAAUGACUCCAUUACGAGCUAUGCAAUCAGUCAAAGAGCAAAACGAUUUGAUUACCAAGUUGAACAAGAAAUGGAAUAAAGCCAUGAUAAAUAGUGGUGGCAAUAACACCAACAGCAGUAAUAGUGAUGCUGCUAGUAGUAGUAGCAGCAGUGGUAGUGGUGGUGGUAGCAGUAGCAGUACCAACAACAAGACCAACAACGACAAUACCCACAUGGAGAGAAAAGCAAGUAAAGGUGGUACAUCUGGGUCAAGUUUAGAUGAAUCAAAUGCAUUGACCAUGAUACCCAAUAAAAGAAAACGUUCAAGACGUGAUUCCUUUGAUGAAGCAGACAGUUUUGAUGACUUUAAUUACGACAAUUACGACUGA